AACACGUCAAAUCAAAUAAUCAAUCAUCCACUUUCAAGAAACCUCAAGAACUCUCCCUUUCCUCCUUUAAAUACCAUCUCUCCUCACCUUUCACUUCCCAUCUCAAAACAAUCACCAAAAUCACCAGCAAAAAAUUCCUAAAUUCCUCACAAAAAACACAAUCCAAAACAACCGACCAACAAUGUCACUAAUCCCAACCAACUGGUUCAACAAUCGACGCAACAACAACAUCUUCGACCCAUUUUCCCUCGACAUAUGGGACUCUUUCAACGACUUCCCAACUUCUCUCUCCACCAUUCCUCGUUCCGACACCGCAAAAGAAACCGUCGCAUUUGCCAACGCACGAAUUGACUGGAAAGAAACUCCUGAAUCACAUGUUUUUAAAGCUGAUCUUCCUGGAGUUAAGAAAGAGGAAGUUAAAGUUGAGGUUGAAGAUGGUAAUGUUUUAAAGAUUAGCGGGCAACGGGCAAGAGAGAAGGAGGAGAAAAAUGAUACUUGGCAUCGUGUUGAGAGAAGUUCUGGGCAGUUUUCGAGGAUGUUUAGGUUACCUGAGAAUGCUAAGGUUGAUCAAGUUAAAGCUUCUAUGGAAAAUGGUGUUCUUACUGUUACUGUUCCUAAGAGUGAGGCUCCUAAACCUCAGGUUAAAUCUAUUACUGUUUCUUAAGUUUAAUUAGAAGAAGAAUAUGGUGUAAUUUGGUGGAUUUAAGUAGUGUUGUGAGUGAUGAAAUAAGGAUGUUUUCAAGUGUUAUGUUUUAAUGUUGUAUGGGCUUACUUUUACUCUGUUUUGGUAAUGUAAGUAAGAUGCUAGUAUAACUAUGUACUGUGAUCCCUGUUGUUAGCUUUUGUAAUAUCGGCAAUAGUAGUAAUAUAUAUUCGGAGUUAGUUUUUCUGAA